AUGACGACCGACGCCCUGACCCUGCCCUCGCAAGCGCCUGCAAACUGGUGGGAAGCGUUCCCGUCGCCGCUCGCUCAAGCGGACAAGAUGACCACGCAUGAGCUGAAGGAGAUGAUGUUGGAUGCUGCGAAGGAAGGGGGGGAAGGGACGGAGAAGCGUUUCUUGGUCGUCGAUGUGAGGAGGACGGAUUUCGAGGUACGUAGAGGCGAGGAUUGCCUUGGACACUCCCGCUCGGGGGUUUGCUUCGAUGGUCCGAGCGGGCAGCCCUUCGGCUAUCGUUACGCUUUCCCAAGAGGCUUUUAUGAUUCCAAAGUUCUCACUUUAUUGAAGUUGAUCUACGUCGUUCACCAGGACUCGUUCAUCAAAGGCGCGAUCAACCUUCCCGCGCAUUCCUUUCACCCGACCUUGCCGAGUCUAUUGCCCAUCCUUUCACAGUAAGUAGCGUGUCGAGCACAGACAAAGAGGAUCGUGCAUCUACACAUGCCUUGAAGUGCGACCAGGGGCACACUAGACCCUUCUCACCAGAUCACGCCCAAGAUUGAGUCCGCACCGAGCUCAAUCCCAUCGGUCCGCUUCCUGCUAGAUACCCUCUCGUGAUCUUCCACUGCCAGUCCUCUUCCGGACGAGGUCCCCGUUGCGCAGGUUGGUAUCAAGACCUCCUGAACGAACGUUGCAUCCAGAGCUCGAGAGCGGUGGUCCUGGAAGGGGGUAUCAAAAAGUGGAGGUUGGAGAACGGUGGGGACGAGAGCUUGGAGAUCAAGUUGUAG